CCGCACCCCUUUCCCUCACCCCGGCUCCGUCACCUUCCCGCCCCCCACACUCAGGACAAGAAUGCCCUGUCCGGAACAACCCAGCAGCGCCUAGAUGGCUUUGGUCACGGUCCAGCGGUCGCCUACCCCCAGCACCACCUCCAGCCCUUGCGCCUCGAACUCUCAUUUGGAAGAUAUUGAAUCAGCAGCAUUACUUUGCUGUGAAUGUGAAGAAUCAGAAAUUUUUAGUGGUUCCAAUGAGGCAGAUAGCGGGGAGGAAGAAUGCCGGUCACAGCCCAGGAGCAUCAGUGAGAGCUUUUUAACUGUCAAAGGUGCUGCCCUUUUUCUACCGCGGGGAAAUGGCUCAUCCACACCAAGAAUCAGCCACAGACGGAACAAACAUGCAGGUGAUCUCCAGCAGCAUCUCCAAGCAAUGUUCAUAUUACUCCGCCCAGAAGACAACAUCAGGCUGGCUGUAAGACUGGAAAGUACUUACCAGAAUCGAACACGCUAUAUGGUGGUAGUUUCAACUAAUGGUAGACAAGAUACUGAAGAAAGCAUCGUUCUAGGAAUGGAUUUUUCUUCUAAUGACAGUAGCACUUGUACCAUGGGCUUAGUCCUGCCUCUCUGGAGUGACACCCUAAUUCAUUUGGAUGGUGAUGGUGGGUUCAGCGUGUCAACAGAUAAUAGAGUUCACAUAUUCAAACCUGUAUCUGUGCAGGCAAUGUGGUCUGCUCUACAGAGUUUACACAAGGCUUGUGAAGUAGCCAGAAUGCAUAACUACUACCCAGGCAGCCUUUUUCUCACCUGGGUAAGUUAUUACGAGAGCCAUAUCAACUCGGAUCAAUCCUCAGUCAAUGAAUGGAAUGCUAUGCAGGAUGUGCAGUCCCAUCGGCCUGACUCUCCAGCUCUCUUCACAGACAUACCAACUGAACGAGAACGAACAGAGAGGCUAAUUAAAACCAAAUUAAGGGAGAUUAUGAUGCAGAAGGAUUUGGAGAACAUUACAUCCAAAGAGAUACGAACAGAGUUGGAAAUGCAGAUGGUCUGUAACUUGCGAGAAUUCAAGGAAUUUAUAGAUAAUGAAAUGAUAGUGAUCCUUGGUCAGAUGGAUAGUCCUACACAAAUAUUUGAGCAUGUGUUCCUGGGCUCAGAAUGGAACGCCUCCAACUUAGAGGACUUACAAAACCGAGGGGUACGUUAUAUCUUGAAUGUCACUCGAGAGAUAGAUAACUUCUUCCCAGGAGUCUUUGAGUAUCAUAACAUCCGGGUAUAUGAUGAAGAAGCAACAGAUCUCCUGGCUUACUGGAAUGACACUUAUAAAUUCAUCUCUAAAGCAAAGAAACAUGGAUCUAAAUGCCUUGUGCACUGCAAGAUGGGUGUGAGUCGCUCAGCCUCCACCGUGAUUGCCUAUGCAAUGAAGGAAUAUGGCUGGAAUCUGGACCGAGCCUAUGACUACGUGAAAGAAAGACGAACAGUGACCAAGCCCAACCCCAGCUUCAUGCGACAACUGGAAGAAUACCAGGGGAUCUUGCUGGCAAGCAAACAGCGGCAUAACAAACUCUGGAGAUCUCAUUCAGAUAGCGACCUCUCAGACCACCAUGAACCCAUCUGCAAACCUGGGCUAGAACUCAACAAGAAGGAGAUCACCACCUCAGCAGACCAGAUUGCUGAAGUGAAGACCAUGGAGAGUCACCCACCCAUCCCUCCUGUCUUUGUAGAACAUGUGAUCCCACAAGAUACAAAUCAAAAAGGCCUGUGUACCAAAGAACGAAUGAUCUGCCUGGAGUUUACUUCUAGAGAAUUUCAUGCUGGACAGAUUGAAGAUGAAUUAAACCUAAAUGACAUUAAUGGAUGCUCAUCAGGGUGUUGUCUCAAUGAAUCAAAAUUUCCUCUUGACAACUGCCAUGCAUCCAAAGUCUUAAUCCAACCUGGACAGGCCACUGAAAUAGCCAACAAGUUCCCAGACUUAACAGUAGAAGAUCUGGAGACAGAUGCACUGAAAGCAGACAUGAAUGUCCACUUACUGCCUAUGGAAGAAUUGACAUCCCGACUGAAAGACCUCCCUAUGUCCCCUGAUCCUGAGUCACCAAGCUCCCAGCCCAGUAGCCAGGCUGAAAUCUCAGAUUUCAGUACAGAUCGCAUUGAUUUUUUUAGUGCCCUAGAGAAGUUUGUAGAACUCUCUCAAGAAACCCGGUCUCGAUCUUUUUCCCACUCAAGGAUGGAGGAACUAGGUGGAGGAAGGAGUGAGAGCUGUCGACUAUCAGUGAUAGAAGUAGCCCCAUCCGAAGUGACUAUUGAUGACCAGAGAAGCAGCUCUUUGAGUAAUACUCCCCAUGCAUCUGAAGAAUCUUCAGUGGAUGAGGAACAGUCAAAGGCAAUCUCAGAACUGGUCAGCCCAGACAUCUUCAUGCAGUCUCAUCCAGAAAAUGCAAUUUCAGUCAAAGAAAUCGUCACUGAAAUUGAGUCCAUCAGUCAAGGAGUUGGGCAAAUUCAGAUAAAAGGGGACAUCCUGUCCAACCCAUGCCAUACACCAAAGAAGAGCACCAUCUAUGAACUGCCCCUUGAGAAGACCCAGGCCCCAGAGAACAAACCUGAACCUUUAGAACAAGAUGAGGGUUUCUACACAACCCAGCCUGAACUAGCCAAAGACUCAGGGAAGUACAACCCAGAAAGCUGUCUCCGCACACACUCGUCCACAGCAGACUCGGAAGACGAGGAACCAGUUGAGGGGGAACACGAGCUGUGGGGCCCAGGGAUGCAGUCAGGUGCCAAGUGGUGCUCUGGGUCUGUGAGGCGAGCCACCCUGGAGUUUGAAGAGCGCUUACGGCAGGAGCAGGAGCACCAUGGUACCACCCCUGCAUGUACCUCAUUGUCUACUCGCAAGAAUUCUAAAAAUGAUUCUUCCAUGGCAGACCUGGCACCAAAAGGAAAAAAUGAUGAAUCCACCCCAGAACAUUCAUUUGUCCCCGAGGAACCAGAGAUGAACAAGGGCAAAGGGAAAGGCAGCGGGUCUGAGGCUGGCUUACUUUCCCAUUGUGAGCAGAGUGUCGUCAUUCCAGCACUUGAGCUGUCAGACUAUCACCCCUUGCCAGCUCCCAGGGAGUGCCCAGGGUCAGAUACUAGGACAAAGCAGGAAGGAGUCCCAAAGGAGCAGAGGACUGUAGUUUCAUACCAAGAAUCUGAGACACAGGCCAUCCCUCUUCCUUUUCCUAAGAGGAUAGAAAUCAUUGAGUACACCCACACAGUUACAUCACUUGAUCACACUGGGUCAGGUAGUGAAAUAGCCACCAGUGAAGGGAGUGGGGAACAAGGAUUAAGGAAUGUGAAAGUAGAGAAGUCUGUCACUGUUCUCUGUGCUCUUGAUGAAAAUCUGAACAGGACUCUGGACCCCAACCAGGUUUCUUUGCACCCUCAAGUGCUACCUCUGCCUUGUUCUUCCUCUCCUGAACAUGAUAGACCCACCAACCCAACCUCUAUGAAGAGCACCCCUGAAGACAGGGACAGCAUCCCAUCAACAGCCCUGGAGACAGUAGCACCUUUUGUCAGUUGCACAACCCACAUACCAUCUGCCACCUUGGAUUACCUGCAUCCCCAUACCGUGGUUCACCUGGAAGGCUUCACAGAGCAAAGCAGCACCACAGACAGUGAGCCCUCUACAGAGCAGGUUAGCUGGGAAGAAAGGCAGGAGGAUCCCCUCUCCAGGGGAUAUGAAGUGACCCACAUGGGUUCUCAGUUCAGUAGUGAAGACCUAAGUGUAAUUGGCAAACUCAGUGAUAGCAUUGGGGAGUUACAGAAAAAAACAGACCCAUCACCUGUAGCUUGUCGAUUCCCACAUAGCUCCAGUAGUGAAGAUAUAAAGAAUCUCAGUCACAGCCCUAAUGUGGUAAAGGAGCGUGCUAAAGAAAUUGAGUUGCGAGUGAUUUCCCAGGCAGGGUUCACCAAACCAUCCCAAAUGAGGCGAUCAGCUUCUCUCGCCAAGUUAAGUUACCUGGACCUCUGUAAAGACUAUUUACCAGAGUCCCCUCAUCUCAAAUUGCUUCAGCCUUUCAUCAGAACAGACUCAGGCAUGCAUGCCAUGGAGGCCCAGGAGCUCCAAAAAAAACCAGGUGCCCCCCAGAACCCAGAGCCCACCAAGUAUUUUGUAGAACAACUCAAAACAACAGAGUGUAUUGCACAGAGCAAGCCAGUGGAAAGGCCUCUUGUGCAGUAUGCCAAAGAAUUUGGUUAUAGUCAGCAGUGUUUGCUCCCCAGGGCAGGACUGGAAUUGACUAGUUCUGAAGGAGGCCUUCCUUUGCUACAGACCCAGGGACUGCAGCGUGCAGGCCCAGCUCUAGGGGUGGCUGUGGCAACUCGUCAGCAACAUGGCAGAACUCACCCCCUUAGGAGACUGAAAAGGGCAAAUGAUAAAAAACGGACAACCAACCCCUUCUAUAACACCAUGUGAUUCUGAGCCUACACAUGUGAUUUUCUUAGAGAAAUGUUUGUAAAGGGGCAGGUGUAAUAUGUAAGGAACAUGCACUUUAUUGGUUAAUUUUAUAAUAUUUUGGUCAUAUUACUGUUCCUGGCGCAUGCAGGGUUUGGGUUUUUCUUGGUGUGUAUGUGUAUAUGUGUGUGUGUAGAGAGAGGUUGAUUUGGACGGCAAGACCAUUUCAUCAUUUUUUAUUUUUAAAAAAUUCUCAAACCUCAAAAAAAAGAGCUCAUUUUCAAAGAACACCUUUAUCAAAGGCAAAUUGCUGUUUUUCAAUGAACUGCCACCUGCUUCUCAUUUUGCUGUCAUGCUUGCUUGAUUGAGGGAAGGAAGCAGAUGGGGAGGGUGGCACUGAAGCUGGGAAUUGGAAGUGCUGGCCUAGGCCUUUGCAGUGAUGGUUUCUAGACCUGAGGCAUCAAAUGGGCUGAAGAGCAGCCAGGACAUUACGGUGCCCUCGACCUUCGUCUCCACUGUAACCCUGUGGAGUUCCUGAAGUAGGAACAUUCCACUCUGCUUUAAAAGGAGUCUUCUAGAACCCAUUUCUUCUGAUAUUCCAGAGCAUAUCAGUACAGAAAAGCAUGUUGGCUUUGUAAAUUUACCAAGCAACUAGUUUUUUCCCCCAGAUGGUAAUUUUUGAAAUUAGAUUAAAAAGGAACCUGGAGUGAAAUCCAAGAAGUCUUCUGUAGAGGAGAACAUGAUAAGAGGGAGGAGCAUGAUAAAAGCUAAGGUUGGAGAGGCUGCUGCUGCUGAGUAACUUCUGGCUUGGUACAGUCCAUGCAGCUGAUCACUCUGGCUCCACCUGCCAGGAAGUGUGCUCUGCAGCACCCUCUAACUGAAACAAAGUAGACAAGUUUGAAAAACAGCAAUCAAGUCCAUGUGUUCUUGUAAAAUGAAUAAAUAUGUAGGGUUUUAACCCUUCCAUUACUUGAAUAAUCUAUGGGCCUUUUAGUUUAAUGGCCAUAUUUUUUUCCAAUUUCUUUUCCUCCUCCAUUCUGUUUCCCCUAUCCUGUUUUUUUAAUUUCUUAGAUUAUAUUUGAAUUGUUACAUAUGUAUAACCUCCAUUGAAUGCAGAGUUUUCUAUAUUAUCACUGUUAACACUUGACAUAAGAUUCCCCCCCCUUCUGGAAAGUUUAUCAUUUCUCUAAAGUUUAUACACAGUAUUUAUGUACAUAAUGUCACUUUCUUACAAUGUUUUGUUGUUAAUAUUGUGGGGUCUUUUGAUUCUUUUUAAAGAAGGAGUAGAGUUGCAACUGGAAAACAACACAAAGACACCAGAAAUAAACUUAUAGUUGUUGAUAGGAAUCUGCGCAGUACAUUGAUGGUGGUUUUAAUUGUUUAAAUGGAGACUUUAAUCACCAGCUCCUGCCAAAUGAUGCAUUAGUAACUUCCUCCUUAGAGAAAACCCUAAAGGCUCCCAUUAGAUCACAGUGUGACCGAAGGCUGAUUUCUGUUCGAGACUAAAAUCCCACAAUGUUGUUUGCCAGUAGCAGAAUCACAGCCAGGGAGUAUGUGUUACCCAGAGUGGAAGCUCCUAAUAGAAGCCUGGGCCACAGGCAAGCACCCAUAAUGACUCCAUUUAGGAUAUUGUUGCUUUGCUGCUGUGUGGAGAGCCUUAACACAGGAGCACCUGCCAUAAACAAGCCUCUUUGAGCUUCUUACAGAAAACAUAUUUAGCCUGGAAUAAAAUACCCACCACAGCUCAUCAAAACUGAAAAGGCUUGCAAGUUUGCUUCCUGUUUGCUUUGGUUGAUGUCCACAUUGCUGAGAAUUGGCUGAGUACAAACUUGAGACUUAGGUUUUUGGCUCACGAGAGCCCUGAGAGGAAGAGACAGAUGUACAGACUUCAAGGUGAUGUCAGAGGCCAGAGUUCAGAGGGGGCAGGUGGUAGAAUGACCCAAAGGUCCAGAUAAACUUGACCAAGGCCAUUUGUAGGCGCUCCAGAGGAGCCAUGGACCCAGUUGCCAUAUGGAAGCCAUGGUUGUGUCUGACAUCACUGCCAGGAAGCAGGUUGGACAGCCAGCCCCGUGUGGAAAGUAUCUUGUGAUAUAAUAAUUUUGUGUACCUGUGCUAUCCUUCAGUAGUUCCCUUAUGUGUUAAAAUGUGUCAUCCACGGAGCUUUGUGAUUCCUGGAUAUUUAUGUGUUGUAAAAUAUUUUGUUAGGUGGUAUGUACCAGUGUGAAGAGGCUCACAAGACAGGGUGAUGAAUUCCAGGACUCAUCUGUCUAAACCACCCCGUUUUGUUGAGGCUAUUCCACCACCAAUAAGAUGGGCAAAGGACAAGAAAUUGUGGUGGGGCUGGGAAGGGGGAUGUGCAUGGAGGGUGAGAGUAGCAUCCACAUCCCACACAUUAAGAAGUAAAGCAGUGUGAACAACAUGGCACUGUGCGUGUUUCUCACCUGCCACUGUGUUUAAUGCUCACUCAGUGCAUUAAAUACUAACAAAGUUGGGCAGGAAACCCUCUAAUGCUGUGAAAAAAAAUAAAACUUUAUUUUCAUAAGGAGCAGAAAAACAGUCUUGCUCUGCUUUCCUUUUUUAAUUAUAUUUUUUUAAUAAUUUAACAUACCUACCUAAAUGAACGCCUUCUACACAACCAUGCCAAGGGGUCUUGCCAGCCCUCUCAAACCCCCACACUUGGGUGUUCUUGAGUUAUGUACAUGGUUGAGCAGUGUCAGGUUCAGGGGGCAGUUGAGAACUUUCCAGACUUUCUUUUCUUCAAACUUUUUGAUAAUACUGGGUGGCCGGUCUCCCUUUUCUGUUCAUGGAAAACCCAGACCUGGAACAACAGGUUUGGUAGAUUAAUAGAGAUGAAUGGGAAACCUUGAUCUCUUGUCCAGUGCCUCUCUUUAUCUCUUUCUUUCUUUCUUUCUUUUUUGAAGAUCACCAUAGUCUUUCAAUAACUGGAGGAGUAUGUGUGCAUGUGCAUGCAUAAAAAGAGUUGACAUUUUGGUACAUGGGGUAAAACUCCCCAGGAGGACACAGCUGUAAUCUAGGUAGUUACCUGUGAUCAACAGGAAAGAAAUAACAACCCUUUCUUUUGGAAACAUUUAAUAGUGUACACCACAGUUCUGUAAUAUGGUAGUAUUCCUCCUCCUCCAUUUUACUUGCCUUUCAGAUUCUAUUUAGAACAUCUGUUUGAGAUCAUUCCUAGAAUCUCAGUCUCUGACGCCUCUUUAGUGUUUUCCUGGUUCUGUACCUUUGUCCCAACUUGCAUUUCCUUUUUUCUCAUUUUGGGAACUACCAGAAUCUCUGAGGACAACCUGAGGAUGAUACCUCAGGCUUUAAAGUCCUUCUUGCUCACGGGCCCCAGACAGAUGCUGUCAGGUAGACCUGAAGCUUCCUAUGAGAAGCUUUAGAGACAUAGCAGUUCACAGAAGUUCUUGCCUACUUCUCUGAGGAUAUCACUUCUGAAGUGAUCUAGGCAUGUUUGGUAAAGAUGUUUUGUGGGAGUUGUUUCUUUUUCCUAAGAAAGCAUUAUGCAAAAAGUCACUUUAAAGGGCAUUUUAAAAUAAAGCCAUCUUUGGCUUUUACAGACAACUUUGUGGGUACUUGGUUUACAUUGUAUUAAAAUAUGCAUCAUCAUGUUGACCAUUCAGUCCUGUAGGCACCCAGGCCCCAGCUGUCCUAUGGGUCCUCACAUAAAGCAAUGCCAUGUCAGCCCUUGUGGAUAGGUGGGUAAAACCUGGAGCUGACUUUCAUCUGUGUCCUGCACUCCCGUCCAGCGCUGUCUAUUAAAUAGUCGUCAUUUCUUCAGUGGCAGUGUGUCUUAAUAGUGAUGGUCGUAAUGGUGAAUGACUAGUAUGGUUUUUGUUUAAUAUUGCUUUGCUUUUUGAUAGUAGACAACAUGAAAUUUUAUUUGUUUUAGCACCAUUGCAACUUAUAGCAUUGUGGACUUUGUUUUCCAUUCCAAACUAAAAGAUCAAGGCAUGUAUUAGACAUAAGUGUAUUUGUUGCCUCAACUCACCCAACAUCCAUAUUAGAAAAAGACCUGCCACCAAAGCAGGAAGCUGCACACUCCUAACCUUUCUCCCAGAGAUUGGGGUCCCUUGACGCCAUGGAGAGCUAUUGCAAGGUGCUUCUGUACUUUUCUAGCCUGGAAAUGGAAGAUGACUGAGCCUGGUUUUUGCUAUGAAAAGAAAACCAGCCUCAUCUUCUCAAUGCCCCAGAGAUCUAGGACAGGAUUUCUAAACUGGAAUCAUCCUUAUUAUCUUGAAUAUCCCCCAAGAGGUGUAUGGCUGGUAUUGCCAUCUGUGUCCUCACAGCAACACUGGUGGCAGCAUACUGCAUACACAUGGAGAACUAAUACCCAGCCCUUAACUCAAGCUGGUAACCCAAACUGAAAACUGGGGAACUGGUCCUUAAAUGUUUUCUAAUUAAUAAGGCCACGGAAUUGUUUGAUGUUUAUGUUUUGUUGGAUUUUGGUUUCCUGGCAUUGCUAAAGGUGCCUUUUUUUGUUUGUUUGUUACCAACUUUAUUUUGUAGAAUUUGUUCUAAACAUGGAAAACAAGUCCAGAAGACUCACCCACUGACUGUUACCUUUGCCCAGGCUACCCCAAAAUUUAUGCUCACAUUUUAUUAAAUAAAGCAGGUGCUCCCUGGAAUCUCUGGGACCUUUUUGAGGCAUUUGAAGCAGAAUAUAAAGAGUGGUCUCAUCUCCUUCCUUAAUCUUCCUGGUGUUGGGAUGUUCCACUUGUAUCAUAGAUUUUUUUUUAUUACUGAUGUGCUCCACUGUUUUUAAAUGUGAACUUGUGCGCAAAUGUGCAGAUUCAAUGUUCUUGUUACAGAUUGAAUAAAUUUUUAUUUUGAAGAUGAAA